ACAUGUCAACACUAGAGAUAAGUCCUAUGAACAUACCAAUAGUUAAAAAGUCAAAAACAUCCUUGUCCAUCCUCGAAUAAAUGUAAAACUGUAACUUACACUACUUUGUAAAAUCAAGUACGGAAUCUACACAUCACUGUUUAUAUAAAAUAAACAUAAUGUCUUCCCCCUUCUCAUUUCCGUAUCCAUCAUUAAUCAUUCUUUUUUUGUUUCCUUCAACACAAGCUAUGGCUGCUAUAUCUGAAUUCUUCUCCCGCCUCUACACCAUGACCAUAGUGUUUUUCACUCUCUUACUCCUUGAAGUUGUAAUCCUUGUAAGGUCCAUCACUGGCGGGGUUUGUGACUCUGAAAAACGCCUGAUCACAACAACGCAGUACCUGAAAUGCAUUGAAGAAAAGAACCCAACAAUCCUUUACUCGAGAAGAUCAUCAUCGAGGCAGCCGGAUCAGUCAAAUGAGUGUGCAGUGUGUUUAUCAGAGCUUGAAGAAGGUGAGAAAGUGAGGAAAUUGAAAUGUAAGCAUACCUUCCACAAGGACUGCCUGGAUAGGUGGCUUCAACAGUAUUGGGCUACAUGUCCACUUUGCAGGACUAAAGUUUUGCCGGAUGAGAUAGUGGCUAAUUAUCACAGGCUGCAAAAUCAGGUAGAGUAUGAUGGGAGUGAUGAAGAGAUGAUUUUCUUGUUAUCUGCAUUACAUGGCAACAGUUUACACAGAUUGUUCUGAUUUUUAUGCUACUAGGAUUCUUAUGUAUUAAUUGAUUUACUUGGCUGACAGAAGCACAGAUACUUGGUAAAUUAUUAUAACUAGAAAGAAUUUUAUGUAUAAUUUUUUUUCUCUCUUUCUUUGGGUAUUUUUUUUAUGUAGAUUUUAGUUGAUUUAUGUAUAUAUUUCUAUAUGAGCAGUCUUAUGAAAAUUGAACAUGUUGGCUUCGAUUGAACGUCUUUUUUCUGGGCUAAUUUAUGCAAGGUUUUUGGUCCCCAAAUAGAUCAAAUUCCUUGGAUUGGAAGAUGCACAGAGAAUUUUGUACUGUGCAAAUUGCCGAUAACUUGUUUUGGGUAUGAAAGUUUCUCAAAGAAAUGUAGAUUUUUUUUCUGUUUAUUAGUUUUAAUUCCAAGGGGAUAAUCAAGGGCCAGAAAUUAAGCCUACUUCUCAUAGAUGGAACAGUUGAUAGUGGCUUUGUGAUCUAAUUUUUGAAUCAGCUUCAUGGUAGCUACCAAUGCUUAAUUACUGUCAAAAGUAGGUGGGCAAUUGCUAAAGCCUAUAAGCCAUAGAUGUUUCUUCAUUAUCAAUAUAUUUUUUAUAUAAGAUUGGUAGGUGAAGAAAGUGGAGUUUUUUUUUUUUUUUUCUUCUUUUUUGCUGAAUUAGGGAGUGGAGGAUUUGAUGGAAGAAUCAGGAUUCCUGACACUGAUAAAUAAACUGUGCCAACUGCCAAGGCAUAGACAAAUUCAGAGUCAUUUUUUUGUUUGAUGCCCUCAAUUUUCAAAUCCAUUGCAACUCAACUAUGAAAAAGAGAAAGAAAGAAAGAAGGAACCUUGGAUAUACUGAUUUCACACACCUGCAUUUAAAUUGAAUUUCUCCAAACUUGUACAAAUAUUUUAAACUACUAGUUGGAAAACGUAGAGGGAGAUGUUGUUGCCACUGGUUUCUACUUAAUCUAUGCCAAGUUGCCGACACGAACCGUCAUGUUUGUGCCUUUGCAGCGGGUUAGGUAUAUUUCUCUGAUUGUGAAAACUUUUGCUUUUCUUCAAUGUCCCUUCAAAAAAAUAAAUAAAUAAAUAAAAGGCAAUGAUAGCAUACCUCAUGGACUUAGGAGCAUGAGAUCAUCAGUGGUCCUAGAUUUAACAUAUUUUGCAUCAUUCAUGGAUUCGUUAAUGAACAAAAUUUUAACAUUGUUAACCUGCCCGGCCUUUCUCUAGAUUUUAGCCGUUGUGUAUAUUAUAUCUAUUGCUAUAUGUCAAUUAAAUCUUUGUUUAAUCUAGGGUUUGCCAGUGAGAAAUUAUUUUAUUUUAUUUUUUAACAAUAUCACAGUUUAGUAAUAAAAAAAAAGGAUAAAUACUAAAAUUUAAACUCGAAAUCUAAAUUAAUUUUACGGCACUACUAGUAUAAUCUUCGUGUAUACAACAAUUAUUGUUUUGUAACUUUCAGUCCUAUGAAAGUGAGUAUAUGACCCCUUCAACGGUGCUUUGGCACGCCCAGAGGGUAACCUUCUUUAAUGCAAAGGGCGAGUGGUAGAUGAACAAUUUUAAUAUGAAGCCAUCUUCAUAAAGGAAAUGCUUAAUAAUUGAUGUCACAUUCCCACCUGUUCACCUAAAUUGUAACAUCUUUUUAGACUUGUCUUGGACUGCAUCAAUUAUGAGGUGUUGUUGGCUUGUUUCGAGAGCCUAAGGAUAUAUUCUCACGAUUUUGUUUUUGAAAAAAAUACCUUUAAACGGGACAAAAAAUAUAAAUAAAUGAAUG